AGGGAUGUGCUGUGCGAUGAGAUGAGUCGUGCAUGCUGGAAAGCUACGGAGGAUGCAUUAUUUCACUUCGAUGUGGAUCUAGCAGUCAAUCUCUACUUAUCCGUUCAUGCGGAAAUGCCUUCGGACAACCCCGGAAAUGAAUUCAUGGAUAUGAGUACACGCGUAUGGUUAUAUCGAUGGCAUCAGCCGGAUCAUGGCGGUCUCGCCUUGACGGCAUCUGAGGUGCACCAUCUGCAUCUUCAACUACGGAAAGCGUGUGUGGCAGGACUUGUAUACCGCGUCCAAUGGUAUCUUCUGUUUUGGGGUGUACCUGUCGAUCCGCCGAGUGGAGUGCCUAAUCCUAUGGGAUUGUCACUCAUGGAUUAUACCAUCAUCGGCCUAGGAAGUGAGGAAAUGCUGUCAUUGAGUGUUCGGUCUACUGGCUCCGAAAAUAUGUCAGACGAGCAAGAUGGGUUCGCUUGGGCAAGGUGGGAUUUCAAGACACCGGAGGGCAUGUGGAGGAAAAUGUUUGAUAAAAGUACAGGUAUGUCAAAGUACCAGGCUAGCGAUCUCAGGAGGAACAAGCACUCCGCCUUAUACUAUUUACAGGAGAUUUUACGGCCUGAGACCCGCAAGUGGGAGCGAUGCCAGAUUAUGCACAUACUUCUGAGGCUGAAAGGCGAACUAUCGGUGCGUUUGGACCAGAUAAUCGGGCACGGCAGGAGCGAGAUGCUCGGUUGGUUAAUAAGCCAAGGACUCAUUGAUCUGAAUCGCAACGUGCUUGUCGUUGCCGGUGGUCCCAAGAUAGUAGUGGGCCAUGAUAAAAAUACAAGCGCUCAACCUGCAGACGAUAGUGCGCAUGACAACAGCAUGUGUGAUAGCAAAGAAUCAACGGAAGGGAACGGGAGCCAAUCUAAUGAGAUAGGUGUGAGUGCCAAUGUAGGGGAGAGGCCAAAACGAGAAGCAGAUGCAGACGAGGGCGAGAUUAACCGAGCGAAGCGGACGAAAGUGGCGUCAGAAGUCCCAGAUAAAAAUCAGGACAAUAAAUCGCAAGCAGGCGAUACGGUCGACGGGGGCGAAGGCUUGCGAAAUGGUAACAUCGGUGAGGGGAGUGAAAUGACAGAGUCAGUUGUGAAUAUAUCACCGCCAGAAAACACUCGCGCAUACGAUGCCGAGUGCUGUGUUUGUCUUCACGUGCCGCGCCAAUGGAUCGUGCUUGUGUGCAAACACGAGGUGUGUAUGGGGUGUGCUCAUCAGCUAUUGAUGGCACCAACCGAAGACAGCGCUGACGACGCCGAUGAGACCAGCAGGAACAAGAUGAUAACCUGUCCCAUGUGUCGCGCGACUAAUCCAGCGCCAGCGCCAGCGGUUAAGUAUCUGGACGAUCCGUUGGAAAAUAUGUUGCUUUUACUGAGCUAUACUGCGCCGGUUCUGGACGAGAAGAUCAAGGAUAUAGCAGAUUCUGCUGCAGUGGGUGCUGCCCAGGCAGAACAACCAGUAGUCACACUGCAUGAGCUGUUGGUGGCCUUCUGCGCGAAUAUAGGUGCUGUCCGUCCCCUCGCUUUGCUGUUGAGACAUCCGCUUUCUUAUGACGCAGGUUUGAGGGAGACGCCAUGCCUACUGUUUAAAGACGAGUCGCCUUUGCAUAUGGCCGCAAGGGCAGGCCACCACGCCGUGGUGUGGUUCAUCCUGUGCAGCGGCGAAUACCCCGGAAUAGUUCGUUUGUGCCUAACGAUGGAUUCGCUGUCCUCUGAAGGGUUUCAUCCUAUACACCUGGCGGCACUGGGCGACCACAGUGGUGUUGUUCAGAUCUUCCUUGACAUGGGGAGAAUCGGAUUGAAAGACCUUCUCGACAGGACCUACGAGGAUCUUGUGAACAAAAACCGCGAGAAGUACCCGAAAAUGGCUGAAAUGAUCGACCAUAACGACGCCUAUUCAUUCCUCGAAGAGCUUCUGCCUGCGAUGAUCAGAUCCGAAUCACCGAUGGAAAAAAUCACUGCACGAGCAAAGUUUGAGUAUAUGCCUGCAUGUCCAGAAGAACUGUUUGAUCUUAUAGUUACUCAUGAUCGCGUGGACGUGUUGGAAUGGUGUACGGAGAAAAGAGACCGAUGUGACAGGAAGAUUAGUUUCGAUUGUAUCGCGAAUCAUUCGAAGGCAGAAAAGGGUUCUAAAGUGGGGAAGUACCUGCUCCUGCAACGUGCGAAACGCGAACUUCCGGACGUUAUCAGAAGUGAUGCUCUACGCGAACUGGCAAGAGGAUAUGUGCGAUGGCAGAGCUUCAAAGAGGAAUGUGAAGAGUGGGAUGAUUACUAUAAAAGUGUGGAGCUAUCCCUGCCCGAGGCCGAGGUCAAGAGGUACAGUCUCAGGGAAGUGUGGGUGCGCGUGCUGACGUAUGCGGUGAAAGCGAAGCAGGAUGGUGACCUUGAAACACACGAACAGGGACAGUUGGAACUGGUGGAGUGGGUGCUGGACAGGUUAGACGCCGACCAAGAUAUACAAGUAGUGUACAGCGCCUGGGAGUAUGCACUGCUGCAUUAUCUCCCUUGCACCGAUCCGCUGAAGCACAAACUCAGGUCUGCCAACUUCGACUUCAACUCUACACGUGGAGGUGCACUCGGAUCGUACAACGACCGGUUGUUCACUGUUUAUAUGUACCAGCCGUGGGAUUCAACGCGACGUGACAAGGCGGCCGUGGGAUCACUGGAAAUGCUUCGCGUUCAUAUGCUGGAAACAGAUGCCAAGCUGCGCGACAUUACACCGCUCGAGACAGGGCUGGUGGCGUUGGAACUGCUGCAGUCCUCGCCUAUAGAGGCUGACACUACUAAUUUGAAUUCACUCCAUCUGCAAAUGGCCCGGAUACUGUUGUACAAGAUCAUUGGGUUCUAUGUGGAGCAGCUGUCGACAGAGCGGCCAGUUAUGUCACGUGUAACACGGCCUAUGCCACGGCUAUCGAUGAACUUGGUCGAUGGGCUGAUCCGUGUGCGACACUUAGAAGCACUGACAACUUUGGCCUUGCAAAAGGGGGUGAACAUACAAUCGCGUGUAUUGAAUAGGCAAUCGAGGAUAUCGAAACAAAGCUCAUCGUUUUUUUGUUCGGUGGAAACGUUCCAACAGAAAUUGGAAGAUAUCAAAAUGUUGCAGAGAAACAUGUAUGAUGUGGUGGACCAACUAUCUCUUUGUGAUGCCUCAACUUUAGAUUCACGGAUUGCAGAAGUAUUGAAGAAACACGAAGGUAUUGUAUUGUUUUCGCGAGAUGGCAAUCCGUUUCCUGCGCCAGAUAUACCAGUGAGUAAAAAUACACCUGGGGAGGGACCGGCAUAAUAAAUGACAGAAAUAUACUC